AUGGAUCUACAAAUAUUUGUACUCUCAAAUAUAUUGUUUUCGACAAUAUUCUUCUUUCAUUAUUACAACUCCUACUGUUGUUCUGGUGGUACUACUACUUCAUUCGACUUACAUCCCCCUGAUGAAAAGCCUAGUAACAGUAAUGAACUAGGAGAAAUCCUAAGGCUUCAUGGCAUCAAUGAUGGCCAUGCAAAGAUUUCAUCUAAAGGGAUGAUGACUGUCGCUGACUUUGGAGCUAAAGGUGAUAGUAAGACAGAUGACUCUAAGGCUUUUCUGAAGGCAUGGAUGGAAGCUUGCUCCUCUAAAAACGAUAUUAGUCUCGUAAUCCCUAAGAAGAAAUUAUAUCGCCUUAAACCAGUUACAUUUUUAGGUCCUUGCAAGUCUAAUAUUACAAUUAAGAUAGAUGGAGCCAUCGAAGCUUCUGUAAAUCGAUCCGACUAUAAAGGACAUUGGAUUAUCUCCAAGAAGAUUAAAAAUCUUAUUGUUGAAGGUGAUGGGACGAUUAAUGGAAAUGGAAAUAUUUGGUGGAAGAAUUCAUGUAAAAUUAAUAGUUCUCUUCCCUGUACACAUGCGCCAACGGCUUUGAGCUUCAUAGAGUGCAAGAAUCUUAGAGUUGAAAACAUAACAGUAAAAGAUGCACAACAAAUGCAUCUAACUUUUCAGAAAUGUAUGAAUGUUGAAGCUCGCAAUCUACUGAUAACUGCCCCAAAAGAAAGCCCGAAUACAGAUGGAAUUCAUGUCACAAGAACUCAAAAUAUCAAGAUUAUCAACUCUGUUAUCAGUACAGGCGAUGACUGCAUCUCCAUAGUUAGCCGGUCCAAAAAGGUACACGCAAUUAACACAACCUGUGGACCAGGCCAUGGAAUCAGUAUUGGGAGCUUGGGUCGGAGAAAUUCUGAAGACUAUGUUUCGCAUGUGAUGAUAGAUACCGCAACACUUAAUAAAACCACAAAUGGUGUUAGGAUCAAGACUUGGCAGGGAGGGUCAGGAAAAGCCAACAACAUAUCUUUCAAAAAUAUUGUUAUGUACGAUGUCAAGAACCCAAUAAUCAUUGACCAAAACUAUUGUGAUCAAGAUGACCCUUGCGAUGAACAGGAAUCGCGAUCAGCUGUUCAAAUUAGCGGCAUAUUAUACAAGAACAUAACAGGAACUAGCGCUUCAGAAGUUUCUGUACGUUUUCGUUGCAGCAAAAAUCAUCCAUGUCGAGAUAUUGUUUUGCAAGAUAUAAAUUUAGUGAGAGUUGAUCGUGGAAAAACAGUUAAAGCUUCAUGCAAUAAUGUUAAAUGGACCCAAAUCGGAGAGGUUUUGCCUGGUUGUAGUAGUGAUAAUUUGUUUGUGUACAUCGCAACCAUUGCUCUGUAA